AUGGUGGAGCUUUUGUUAUUUUGCUGGGUCGUUGGCCAGGAAGAAAGCGGGUUCAAUGUAGCUAUCAGGGCUGGCAACAAGGUGACUGAGCUUACGAAGGCGAUUAAAACAAAAAGCGGUGGAGCAAAAGCGGCUCCUUGGCCGACAUUGCAGCUCUUCCUGGCAAAACAUGACGGUGUUUGGUUAAAUUGGUCAAGCGUUGCUAGUGUGACGCGUGAUGAGUUUGUACUUUUGCACAGCUUCGAGGGAAUAAACCCAAUACUGUUUAUUAACAGCUCCGAUCACUUUGGCGAGCGUGAGCCGGGGGAAGGGCAAGUUAAUGUGUUGGUAGUGGCCUAUAGCGAAAAUCUGUAG